AGAGAGGGAGAGUGGUGUUAUAUACUGGCUACUCUCGGACUGUGGGACUGGUACGGUGACCGCGUCGCACGAGGUUCGCAAAGAAGGGUGAGAGGGAAGGAGGGAGAGAGAGAGAGUGAGGAUUCAGGAGAGCGGGGAGAAGAGGGAGAGAACGCGAAGAAAAAGCUCUCUCUCGCUCUUUCUCUCUCUCUAUCUCGACUGCCUCGCCGGCUUUCCACGGCCACGAAUCGAUAACACGCGACCGUCGCCGCGUCGGUCGUUCCUCUCUCUCGACCUCUUCUCGACGCUCGCUACACUCGUGCACGACCACUCGCCGCGACGAUUUUUCCCAUCGAAUAAGCGUUCAACUCGUGUCCUUUCUCAAUCGUCGUUGUCGUCGUCGUCGUUGUUGUUUGUCGCUCUAUCGCUUUUCCCCAUACUAAACCACUGGGACGAAAGAAUUUGCGAGGAGCUGUGUGCGGUCGUGUUGCGCCACUUUUGACGGUCGCGUGCCGCGUAACGUGAUCGAUACGAUCGAUGCGAGCAGUCGACGACAAAACGGAGCGGCGCGAGAUCGAGAGUCGAAGCGAUACUCUAGCAGCAGGUCGAGGAAACCCGCCAAAAUAUCAGCAACGAUCUGGCUUGUUUGGACUACGGUUUCCAGUCGUCAACAAGGAAUAAGAAAACACGUCAAAAAGUGAUUCGUGUUCGACAGUGCGCGGAGUAAACGGAGGUAAAAGGCAAACGAGAGCGAAAGGAACGUUGUUGAUCGGCCGCCGUACGUUCACAGUGUAUUGUUUAUUCGUGGAAGAGAAUCGGUCACUGGAUUCCCAUUGUGCGUAUCUCUGUGUGCCACGUGACGAUCAACGUUUGUUUAUUUUGGUGCUUUUUGUCGCCGUUUACCUUGUUUGGCUAUUCUACCCUGGGCCUUCUAUACCAGAUUCAUUUCUACUCCCUGGAAUCAUCAAUAAGGUUAUCUUGCUCGCGGAUGUUCGUCGAUAUCGCGCGUGCCGAUCCUCGAAAAUGUAGUUGCGGCAUCCGGCACGAGGGACACCAGAGUGCGUGUUGCGAGAAAGAGAGAGAGAGCGAGAUACAGCACGGAUCGCCGCAGUGCAAAUCGGUGUAUCGUGAGACAGGGAGGCUGUGAUGAGGGAAGCCGGUUAAAGGACCCUGUGUCGCGCAGGCGCCGGUAGGAGUACAGGAAAGAUGCUGCCUUCCUCGAGAGCUUUAUUAAGCUCGCUGCUGCUUCUAAUCAUCGCUGGAAGCACCGGUGCCUUCAGCUCCCGACAAGGAGGUGGACAGUCGCAUCGAGUAACAAUUACUUGGAAAUGCACGUUUCCACUGAAAUGGGAAGGCACCUGGUUUCAAAGCGGAGUCAGACAGCCGAUCGUGAUCUCCAGGAAUGAAUUGUCCAGCAAGGGUAGGUGCCUGCACAACGAGGGCGACAAGUUUCUCCUGGUUGAUCAAAAAUCCUGCUACCGUUGCGUCGUCAUUCACGAGAAGCACUCGAACGUUCUCCAGUACAAAGAAACUUACUGUCACAGCAGAAAUUCAUUGUCAUCACUGUGCUCAUACAUCACGGGAGAUGCCCUGCUCUAUUCGAUGUUCCGGGAGGAGGCUACACCUGUGCCGUGCCCUUUUCGAGGACCCAUGACCUUCUCCUAUAACCGCGGUCACGGAACUUGCUCGGUACCCGUCAGCAACGUCGACACCUGCACCGACGAUAGUAGAUUGUUGUUCAGAUACCAGGCGUGUCCCGAUAUAUCUGCUUCCGAGAGCGCAGUGGAGGAACUGGAAUGCCUGGCCACCUGGAAGGAGGGCAGCAGCCGUUACCUGGUGGGCCGUUUACAUCACGGACACGCGUCCAGUAACGAAGAUCGAUAUCGAUGCUUCGUCUACGAGAAGGCCGGCCAGACAGUGCAGAGUAAUCUACACAGAGCUGCCAUGGGCAUAGGAGCCAUGGAUCACGAUGUCGGUUUACAGAGUGGACCGGUGCCCGAGGGUGCGGCCGAGAUCUACCGGGUGGCACAGAGCGGUGACGCCACUUGCAACGGUCUGUUCAGCCCUAUGGAAGGAUCUCGAACCAUGACGCUCAUGAAAGUCUCGCCACCCGGCCAGUGCCGAUUUCCCAAUUGGUUAACCGGCCACUCUAGCGGCGGACUGACCUGGCACACCCUCGACCUGACCAGAUCUUACACGUUCCAUCCUCGGAACGCUUCCCUGCACGUAACCAGAUCGAAUAGCAGUUCCUCGAGAUUCGAAAACGGUCCCCUAGACGGACAGUACGUUCCGGGUCAAGAAGAUCAGGACGUAAAGAUCUUAUGCAACAGCAUCAAACAGUCUAGCGCUGCUCAAGCGAUGACGAUGACUAUGUUGGUCGCGCAUUUCACCGUCGGUUGUCGGAGCGGUUUCAUGUGCAUGACGUUCUACCGAAGGGACGGUCACGUGAUAGAAGUGCAAACCGGAAGCGCCGUUUCAAGGCCGGAAGAAGCUUGCAGCACGCCCCAUUUUCAACAGCACAACAUACCCUUCCUCACUUUAGUCACCAGUUCCCCGGAGCCACGUACGUGCCCGUACUUGGGCAAAUUUACGGUGACGGGGGUGAACCGGAACCAACGGAACAUCCGUGAAAGCCGGAGGAACCAACACCAGGAGGGCGUCAGGCGUGACAGAGAAAAAGUUCGGCACGCCCAGGAACGAACCCAGGAAGAUCGACGCGGCCGGAAGCUCGACUUCGACGUGGAGAAACGAAGGGCGAACAACGAAUACCUCGUCCAUGAGCGAAUGGGCAGGCGCGCCAGAUCGAAUCGCAACAACAGAAACCAUCGCGAUCACAGCCUCGAGGAGGUGUCGUCCAAGCGAACUUUGGAUAUCGAGGACCUGCUGCGCGACCACACUAGAUCCAAGAUCAGAAGAUCGGAGGACCAGCGAUCGACCGAAAGCGUAUCGAGGUCGAAACUCAGAAGAACGCACGAUCUUGCCAAACGUUCAGCUAUUAGUAUCCAGCGAACGAGCAAUAGAUCAAGAAGAAGCCCAAAGAUGGAGGACUUCCGGGUAGACGCAGACGAUUUCGCACGAAUCAGGCAAUUCUGGGCAACCGAUUUCGACGAUACGGAUGGCUCGAGCAUGCUCGAGAUUCAGGGUGAUUAUUUCGGCGAUUACCCGGACACCGCUAACCUGCCAAAAAAGAGGUCAGGCAGAGAGACGACGUCGAGCCUGCUGGCGAGGACGAGGAGAAACGUCGAGCAGCUGAAUCCUAGCAACGGAUCUUUCGAGAAAAGGGAGAAGAGAGAAGAAGAUAUCUCUAGAUGCAGCUCCGAGGUUACUACCAUAACCAUAGGAUGUUCUACCGCGGACAGAAUGGAAUUUCAGACGGACUGCGUCGAAGACAACGCGAUCGCGUACUCCUGCCACGGAAGGUGGUUCGACGCGGAGGGCACCCAAUUCGUGAUCGCCACCCAACUGGCACCUGGCACGAGCUGGUCCAGCGAGAACAACAGGCCCCAGCCGUACAGAAACAGUCGAAGAUUGUGCUUCAUGUACAAAGAGAGCGGCGGAGUUGUCAGUUUGACUGCCAGCGAGGUCGCCUGCCAGAGGGGAAUUCCGCCGCCCCCACCUAUGUUGGCCUUCAAUGCUACCAGUACCGGUCAGUGCAUGGAAGAGAACAGGGGCUUUGUUACUCGAUCGACGUACCUGAUGAUCGUCAGCCUGGCGGCGGUCGUCGCGAUAUACAGGUGAUUCUAAUCGAACGGACGACGAUCUCGCGACCGUUAAAACUCAACGUUUGUAAUCUGCGUUACUGGACACCGUGUGGGUGACGAAACGAGGUGGUACACGUGUAUAAAAAAAAAUAUAUAUAUAUAUUAUAUAUUAUACAUAUAUAAUAUACAUAUAUAUAUAUAUAUAUAUUAUAUAUAAUCGCCUUUGGCGCGAAUCACCGAACAAGAUCGGUCGAGCGUCCGGGCCAACGAGAAAGAAGAAACUGAAAGAGAAAAUGGCACAAUCGAUACUUUGGCUUCGAACGCUCGUGUCCGUAGCUCUUGCUAGCCUCUCUGAUUCGUCGGGAGAAAUUCGUGCUCGCACGACCAUCAAAAUUUUUUCGCGCAACGAGAGACGAGGAAAGAUAUCGAGGUUCGUCCUAGCUAAGAGUGCCGGUCCCUGAUUCGAUUCGAUCUCGAGGAACGAAAAAUAAAGUCGCCUAUAAUAAAGAGACAAGAGGCAAAACUCUGAUUUCUUCCGUAUGAGAGGUGCUCCUCCAGACCAGAAGGAAAAUCAAGUAGACAAGAAAAGAGGGCGGAACAUCGUUUGGGAAGGAGACGGAUCCGAUCAAGAUGAACGGUUUAGUGACGGAAGGGAAAGAGGAAGGAAGGAAGGAAGGAAGGAAGGAAGGAAGGAAAGAAGGAAGGA